AUGUCUACCAUUACUAUCUGUGUGAACUUGGACAAGUUAUCUCACCUCCUUGAGCUUCAGUUUCCUUAUCUAAACAGGGCCAUAGCCAAGGCCUGGAUAAGCUCAUCCGUGACCAUGUUCAUCCUCCUGGGACAUGCAGAUCAUCCAGAAGUGCAGGUCCUCCUCGUUGUGACCUUCCUGGGUAUCUAUCUCAUAACCUUGGCCUGAAAUCUGGCCCUCACCUGUCUGAUCAAAAGUGACAUCCAUCUACAUACACCAAUGUACUACUUCCUCAGCAAUUUGUCCUUCAUUGAUAUCCGCUACUCUUCUGCAGUGGCUCCCAAGGUGCUCAUCGACUUCUUCCAAGAGCAGAUCAUCAUUCGUGGGCUAUGCAGCUCAGUUGUUGUUGUUGUUGUUGUUGUUGUUGUUGUUGUUGUCAGCAUGGGUCUAACUGAGUGCUUCCUCUUGACUGCUAUGGUAUAUGACUGAUAUGCAGCCAUCUCCAGCCCCUUGCUCUACACCACUGUCAUGUCCCAGGGCCUAUGUACCGGAAUGGUGGUUGGGGCAUAUAUUGGUGACUUCCUGAGCUCCCUGAUCCAGGCCACCUCCAUAUUUCGGCUCCAUGUCUAGGGACCCAACAUCAUCAACCAUUUCUUCUGCGACCUCCCUAGCACUGUCUUCAGACAAGUGGUGAAUUUCCUCAUAGUGGUAGCUGUUGGAGGGGCAUCAUUUCUCAUCCUUCUUAUCUCCUACAGUUAUAUAGUGGCUGCUGUCUUACAGAUACACUUGGGAAACUGAUGGAACGUUUCCAACAUCUGUGCUUCACACCUGAUGUUGGUGACUCUGUUGUUUGGCACAGCCUUUUUCAUGUACCUGCAAAUCAGCUCCAACUACUCAUUUGGAAAGGACAAGGUAGCAUCUGUGUUUUAUUUACUAGUGAUCCCCAUGCUGAACCCUCUCAUUUACAGUUUGAAGAACAAAGACAUCAAAGAUGCCUUGUGGAAGGUGUUAGAGAAGAAAGUGUUUUCCUAG